AUGUCCAGCCACGAGCAGUGGCUCCUGGACUUGGCUAGCAAAUACGAUCAUGAUUGCAUGCUCGAACUGUGCCGUUUCAAAGCCAAGCGGCUUAAGUCCAGUACUAAUGCUGCAGUACUAGAGCUGCAGGGGAUGCUCCGACAGUACGAGGAGGUCGACGAGGAGAUCAGCCACCUCGAAAAACGUAGCCGCCGCUGCCGCGACGCCGACAAGGAGCUCGACAGGAGGCUCGAGCGGAUGCGCUACUACGUGCUCUCCAACGACGUGAACAAGGAGCUGCGCAAGCAGCAGGGCCCCAUCAGGGGGCGCAAGGGUGACAUUCCGAUAGCAGCGGCAACGUUGGCGUCGGCGAGGGGUUCUGGCACAGCCGCGCCAGUUACGAUUUCUAUCGAUGAUGCUGGCGGCCCUGGCGCUGCUGCUGCUGCAACUUUGGACUCGGUGCGCCUCGUGGAGGCGGCUACCCGCGAGGCGACUCAGCGCAUCACGCUGCCAUGCCGCGCCGCGCGCCACCGCAUCCUGGCAGCCCCGCCCACCUGGCAGCUCGGAGAGCGGUGGGUGGCAGACCUGCCCAAGCUGCGCUGUCGAGCGAUUGGCACCGCCGCGGAGAACGGCGUAGCAGAGCUUCGCAUCGUGAAGGACACGCGGCCCAAGGACGCAAUGAUCCCCAGGGGUGACAUGAUCAAGUUACCGAACGAGAUGUCCAAUGUUACGCCUGGCAAGAUGGUGGAGCUCUGGCUCGAGAUCGUCACCAUCUGCGACCCGUACGAUCAGAUGUACUGGCAAGCUCGUUUAGCGCCCGAGCCAGAGCCAGCUGCCAUGUAA